AUGCAGAUUCACAAUACCAAAUCCUUCAACGACAUUGCCUUUCUAUGUAUUGUGACAGCUAUCAUUGCAGAGCACUCUUUCUUUCUGUGGAAACAGAAGCCUUCAAACUCUUGGGGCCCCUUUGAAUUAGCCAUUCAAAAGUUCAACUUGUCUGCCAACUUGGCAAAAAUUAAAACUGCCAUUGAGGAGGCCUCCCAUCAUUUUAGAACCAAGAAUCAAAAACAUGCACUUGUAAAGAUUGCUCUGGACAAUCGUCUUCCUUUAUAA